CCAAAUCCCAUUUUUUCAAAACCCUAAACCCAACCCGCUUCGCCAUUGAUCCCACGACAAUAUGCCCCAAUUCGGAGGUAAUCUCUCCAAGCUUAUCUUCACCGGAACUCGUAACUCCCUAUCCCGUUCAUAUCAAUCCUCAAUUCGGAACAACUUACCGAAGAAACUUCGGUUCUUUGGCUCCGCCGGCAAUGGCGAAUCCGAUGAAACGACGGGCCCAAGUUUUUCGCAGAACCCUCGCGAACGUUCCAGACCCAAUAGACCCCCGCGGGGCCGGGGACCGUUAACUUCCGAGGACGACAGUUUCCUUGAAAAAUUCAAGCUCGGACUUGAUAGUUCCAAGGACGGGAUGCAGGAAAAACCACGGCGAGAAGCAGCUAGGCCGAAACCUCCUCUUCCGCAGCCGCCGCCGCCGCCAGAGGACGCCGACGAGAUAUUCAAGAAGAUGAAGGAGACGGGUCUGAUUCCCAACGCGGUGGCGAUGCUCGACGGGCUUUGCAAGGACGGGCUUGUUCAGGAAGCGAUGAAGCUCUUCGGUUUAAUGAAGGAGAAGGGAACUAUUCCCGAGGUUGUGAUAUACACCGCCGUGGUCGACGGCUUCUGCAAGGCGCAGAAGCUCGACGACGCGGUGAGGAUUUUCAGGAAGAUGCAGAGCAAUGGGAUUGAGCCCAAUGCCUUCAGUUACUCUGUGUUGGUUCAAGGCUUGUGUGGGGGUAAAAGGCUUGAGGAUGGCUUGGAGUUUUGCGUGGAGAUGUUGGAGGCUGGGCAUUCGCCGAAUGUGGCGACGUUUGUGGGGCUGGUCGAUGGGUUGUGCGAGGAAAAGGGCGUUGAGGAAGCUCAAGGGGUCAUUGGGAAGUUGAGAGAUAAAGGGUUCUUGCUUAAUGAGAAGGCUGUUAGAGAGUUUUUGGAUAAGAAGGCGUCAUUUUCGCCGUCAGUUUGGGAGGCGAUUUUUGGGAAGAAGGCGUCGCAGAGAUUGUUUUGAGACUUCUUUUCUAAUGCCACGUUUUGCUGUAUGCUUUCAGGGUAUUGUGUGAGCUCUACUGUGUUUACAGAAGAUAUAUGGUUCAAACGAGCAAGCGAAACAUUUAUAUUUCUUCUACUUUGAUUGGUAAGUGAUACAGAACAGACAUAUAUAGGCUAUCCGAUUAAGUUUGUUAGAAAUCUGUGCAAGAGCAUAUACUCCUAAGUUUUGUGAGGCAAUCUCGAUUUUGCUUUAUUAUUCUUAUAACUUCACAUUAGGAACUUCUGGUCAUGCUUUUCGACCAAGGACAUCUCCAACAGUGAUCUAGAGCAUGUAGAACUUAGAAUAAAGAUUCGAGUUUUAUUCCGUUUGUACUCCGGCUUUUGCUAUUGCUGAAUUACUGGCUGCUAAAAGAAUUGGAACUCUUCUGGUGUCUGAACAUGAACGUG